CACUUUUUUCUCUAUUUCAGCAGCCAUACACAUUACAGCCACGUUACUUGACGUGUGAGACAUGUUAACUGUUAGCAUGCCAUCUUUAGCACAUAUGCUACGUGUUAGCAUACUAAUGUUUCAGGCUAGCUCUGUAGCUCAUUUUGUAUAGUUACACCUAAAACACACAGCUUCGGACACUCCGAACCAUCUUAAAAGUACGGCGGCUUCCGACGACCACUGGCCAGAAGUCCAUGGCACAGAUAGCAGGCCCAUCAAAAUUUCCGCAGGAAUAUUUUAAUUUUCGUUAUUGAACAAUUUUGUUCCCAUGAAUUUCUUUUGGUACAAAACUUGCAUUAAAUUAAACUCAAAUUUGAUUGAGAAAGUACAAAAAUGGUUUCACAUGACUUCAAAAAGUUCUAAAAGUGUUCAAAAUAAAAUCCUGCUUGUGGCCUCAAGUUAUCCAGGUCCUGUCUGUCAAAACCCACUAAUCGAUUAAUGGCAUUAUUGAAGAAGUUAAGAAAUAAUCAAUCAUAAUAAUCAGUUUAUGAUUAUUUUCCGGAGUCACUUUGAUCAGUUUCUGCCCGUUCCAUUUGACAACAUCAGUCCAUGCCUUUUGUUGUCCUGUAAAGCCCAUCGACACCGACGCUGACGUGACCAAGUGCGUCUUCUGGGACUACGAGACUGAGAGUCUGCGGGGUCGCUGGGCGACACGCGGCUGCAGGACGGUGCACGUCAGCAGCAACGCCACCACCUGCACCUGCAGCCACCUCACACACUUUGCUGUCCUCAUGUCGUCCGGGCGAGCCAACUUGGCGGCCCACCAGACAGUCCUGACCCGCAUCAGCCAGCUGGGGAUGAUCAUCUCCAUCAUCUGCCUGUCAAUGUGCAUCUUCACCUUCUGGUUCUUCAGCGGGAUCCAGAGCACCAGAACCACCAUUCACAAGAACCUGUGCUGCAGUCUUUUCAUGGCCGAGUUCAUCUUCUUGGUGGGGAUCAACAUGAACACACACAAGCUCUUCUGCUCCGUUAUUGCGGGUCUCCUGCACUAUUUCUUCUUGGCAGCCUUUGCCUGGAUGUGCAUCGAGGGCAUCCAUCUCUACUUAAUCGUGGUGGGCGUCAUCUACAACAAGGGCUUCUUGCACCGUAACUUCUACGUCUUCGGCUACGGAAGCCCGGCCGUGGUGGUCGCCAUCUCCGCCACGCUGGGCUCCAAGUAUUACGGCACUGAUAAAAUGUGUUGGCUGAGCACGGAAAAUCAUUUUAUUUGGAGUUUCAUCGGUCCCGCCUGUUUGAUCAUCCUGGUAAAUCUCCUGGCCUUUGCAGUGAUCAUCUACAAGGUGUAUCGACACACGCAGGUGAAAAAGCCUGAAAUCAGCCACUAUGAGAACAUCAGGUCGUGCGCCCGCGGUGCCAUGGCGCUGCUCUUCGUGUUGGGUGCCACCUGGGCCUUUGGAGUGUUGCACAUCCUGUAUGAGAAGACGCUGACUGCGUACCUGUUCACCAUCGCCAACGCCUUCCAGGGCAUGUUCAUCUUCAUCUUCCUCUGCGUGCUCUCCAGAUUCAAGAGGAGUAUUACAGGCUGUUCAAAAACAUCCCGUGUUGUUUUGAAUGUCUCAGAUGAAACAACCCUCACGUCCUUCACACUUUUUAUACAAUCAUCUUCUUGUCAUCAAAUUCCUCCUCAAGAGUGACAUGUACUGGAUUUAGUCACGUGUUUCAGUGUUAAAUUAAAAAUAAACAAACAAACGUCCUUUUUCUUGGAGAGGAAGAAAGAGCAAUGUCUCCAUCUAGUGGUCAUCAUCCAGUAGACACUGUACAGUAAAAAAACGAAAACUAUUUACAUGUAUAAUAGUGUUGUUUUCCUUCAAUUCGACUGAUUAUUUCUAAAAUAAUUGUGUUGUAUAAUUAUAAUUUUAGAUGUACUGUAUUUUAGCUUCAAUAAUUAUUAAUGAUGGACUUUGUUGCUAUUUGCACAAUGUCGUUUAUGUUCUGUCGCUAAAUGGCAGCACUGUACAGUCUGACAGCAUCUUCAUUUAUUUACUGUUGCACAAACAAAUACAACCAAAAA